ACCAAGCAAGCCAAAAUCCAAAAGUGAAAAAUAAGGAGAGAGAGAGAAGAACCGGCGUCCGAUUAAUCGCUUCUCACUUGAAAACUACGUGGAUCCGACCCCGGGCUACUACAGAGCUCGAGAAGUGUCAGAUCCUUCGUCCUCCAGGUCAUUGGGUUGAAGAGAGAAAGACCCUUGCUUUGAUUUUUAAUGGGGAUUCAAACAAUGGGGUUACAAAGUAAUGGCCAAGAGACCUAUUUGCAAUUGCAACCCUCACCACCAUCACUGACCAGGCAAAGCUCGUGGUAUAACCUCACUCUCGAAGAAGUUGUGACCCAACUGGGGGACUUGGGGAAGAAACCUCUAGGUAGCAUGAACCUCGAUGAGCUUCUUAGAAAUGUAUGGACCGCUGAAGAGAGUCGGUGUGCAGGGAUGAGUCGCGUCGGGAGUGGUGUGUCCCCGUCAUCGUCGUCGCUGCAGCGCCAGGCCAGCUCGACGCUGGCCAAGGGGCUGAGCGGGAAGACGGUCGAGGAGGUGUGGAAGGAGAUCCAGCAGGGGCAGAAGAAGAGGAGCGGGUCGGAGGUGAGGGGUCAGGGUGGGGACCAGACCCCCGGCGAGAUGACUCUAGAGGAUUUCUUGGUGCAAGCCGGGCUUUUUGCCGAUGCUUAUUUGGAACCUCCAAUGGAUCUAAACCUCUCGGAGCCGGCAACUCCUCAGAGCAUUACGCCGCCGCUCGGUUUGUCCCCGGCUCCUUCGACGGGCCUGCUGUCGGAUUCAUCGGUUCCUAGGCGGAAAAGGGGUGACCCAGUUGCAUAUGAAAGGACACUUGAAAGGAGGUUGAGGAGAAAGAUAAAAAACAGAGAGUCGGCUGCACGUUCACGAGCUAGAAAGCAGGCUUACCAAAAUGAGCUAGUGAGCAAGGUUUCACUUUUAGAAGAGGAGAACAUAAAGCUAAAGAAAGAGAAGGAAUGCGGGGUUUUGCGCUGUGCACUGGGGGGGACUGGAGGAAUUCGAGACUAAGUUUCAAAAUGAAGCGUCACCAAAACCGAUAUAUCAGCUUCGCAGAAGCAGUUCGGCCUCCUUUUGAUUCCUAUUCGGUCUGAUUCCUCCACAUGGGGCCCUAAGCAGUGGCGUCCUCGAACCAUCGGGUGGCUGCGGCUACUUCUCGACCAGCUCAUUCUGCAGGCAUGUCCCUCCCAGCCUCAUCUAUUCUUAGAGUGAAUUCUCGUGUACAUUUACUAGUUAACCUAUCGUAGAGUGUAUACGCUAUAAGGCAUCAAAGAUGCCAUGUCCAUAUAAAAUCUAGGCUUUUUAUGUUCCAGACCUGAUGAAAGGAGUAGGAAAAUAGAAAUGAAAUUUUAUGGCCUUGA